AUGCAGUGGCCUCUUCUAGUUGUGGCUGUAGGGUCUCUAGUGACGCCGAAAGGCGCCGUACGCUCAAUUCCGAUACACUACACGAAAAACCUUUCUACCGAAUUUCUAGCACAGGAGGAACGUGUGUAUCUUGACAAGUGUCCGUGUAAUGACAGCGGCUAUGUCUCGAAAUCGCUCUGUCUUCCCGUAGAUUUUGCCGGCAAGAAGCCUCGAAAGGAGGUAUUCGCCUUCUCUGUCGCGACAAAUGAUAGCUGGAAGCACUAUGAUUGGGAUCAGCUUACUACAGUAGCCUGGAAUGAAGACAAGAAUUUGCUGUGCCACGCCCAUAGCAAGGGGGUGAAAGUUGUGGUUAAACAUAACUUUGACGAUAUGAAUCAACUUUGCAACAUCAGUGCAAGACAGGAAUGGGUCCAGGCUACGUACUACAAGAUUGUAAAAAACUAUGCGGAUGGCGUUAAUAUUGACACGGAGAAGCCAUCGCAAGGUGCAACGUCUCACUGCCUUGGAUUGCUUGUCAACGAGCUUCGUCAAGAGCUGAAAAAGCAUGCUCUUACGAAGAAUGCACAGAUAACCUUUGACGUCCCGUGGGCCCCUCGUGGUGUAGAUGGUCGCUACUAUCCAUGGCGUGAUCUUGCCACCGCUGUAGACUUUUUGUUUGUCAUGUCGUACGAUAUGCGUAGUCAAGUCUUUGACACGUGUGUCGGGGGUGCCAACUCACCGUUGGCCCUAGUGAAGCAAGGGCUGCAAGAAUUUAUACUCGCAUACGAUAUCGUACCAAACAAACUGGUUUUAGGAGUUCCUUGGUAUGGCUACCAAUACUCAUGCAUACACAAACAGCAAAGCGCAGCGUCAAAUUACGAUGCUUUGUGCCAAAUCCAACAAAUUCCCUUUCUUGGUGCCCCUUGCAGUGAUGCAGCCGGUGAACAAAUUGACUAUGGAAAUAUCCGACGUUUGAUUAAAGAAAAUGGGCUCGUCGAGCAAUGGGACAUGAUGACGCUCUCUCCAUUCGUGUGGCUUUCAACGCAAGAGGGUGGGCAAUCGCAGAUUUGGUUCGACAACCCACGCAGUCUCGAGGAGAAAUAUUCGAUUGUACGUGACCUCGGUUUGCGCGGCGUGGGUAUGUGGAAUGCAGACUCGUUGGACUACAGCGCAGCUGAUGAUUCUAAGGCCAUGUGGAGCUCGUUGGCUGCGGCAUUUAAGGCGUAA